AUGGCAGACGAUAACCCGGAGUUCCAGUCUGCUCUGCGGGAGCUGGACCGGGAGCUUGAGGAAGGCGAUAUUACUGAGAAAGGAUAUCAGAAACGGCGCACUCUCCUCCUCUCACAGUUUCUCGGACCAAACAAGCCACUUGAGAUUGGCAGUCACGCUACUGCUACUGCUGCAGGCAAUGGUAUCGAGGCGCCCCGGAUCAGCCCGCCGGCAAUACUGAGUGUCCGACCGCCGACAGCCGAUUCAACACAGCCGAACAUUACCUCUGCGACUUAUGCAGGCGGCUAUGAUGGCAGUUCAGGCAAUGGAGGACCCGGAUACGACCGGCGCACCAGCGUGGGCACGCAAAAUGGCCCUGUGGCUCCUGCGAAAUCCCACGAGCGAGAUAGCACGGCUUUCUUACAGACUGGCGAAAGGAUGCCCUCAGCCGCCUCAUACGACUCACUUUUUCUACCAAAGCCGCCGGUCUCCGGUUCAGUGGGCCCAGAGAGCUCACGCACAGCAACCCUGAUGAGUCAAAACUACGCAUUCAACCCCGAGGCCCAGCCUGACUAUGUCCAAGCUGAUUACUCCCAACCCGAGUACGCGGAUGAUGGAAUGGGCGCAUACGACCCGGCCUCGGGUGGAGUCACGCGACAAUCGACAAUGUUGGAAUCUCAACAAGGAUACUUUUCGGAUUUUGCUGGACAGCAGCAUGACGAUUAUAGAGAAAGCUAUGGAGGCGGCUUUCAUCGAUACUCCCAAUCCGGUGAAGCCUUUUCGCCAACGGCGAAUCUGGCUCCACCAUUCAUGACUCCAUCCGAUUUGGCUCAUGGUCCAGCUAUUGAGCACCUCUUACCGCUGGAACCCCGAGACAUUCCGUUCGCGGUGAAUGACCCGCACGAUAAGAACAUCCCGAUGUCCAAUUUUGACAACAUCCCGACUGUUCUUCGACAUCGCGCAAGGGUUCACCCGAAACAGCCUGCAUACUGGGUGUUGGAUCAAAAAGGCAAGGAGAUUGCCUCUAUAACCUGGGACAAGCUAGCAAGCCGCGCAGAAAAGGUUGCCCAAGUCAUCCGUGACAAAAGCAAUCUAUAUCGCGGAGACCGCGUCGCGCUGAUAUACCGAGAAGCUGAGAUUAUUGAAUUUGCUGUGGCUUUAAUGGGUUGUUUUAUCGCAGGCGUUGUUGCGGUUCCAAUCAAUAGUCUCGACGACUAUCAAAGCUUGAAUUUGGUUCUCACAUCGACUCAGGCUCAUUUGGCUUUGACCACAGAGAACAAUCUUAAAGGCUUUCAACGUGACAUCACAGCGCAGAAGCUUAACUGGCCUCGUGGAGUCGAGUGGUGGAAGACCAAUGAAUUUGGCAGUUUUCAUCCAAAAAAGAAAGACGAUACGCCUGCUCUAGUGGUACCAGACUUAGCUUUCAUUGAGUUUGCACGUGCUCCAACGGGAGAUAUGCGUGGCGUUGUGAUGAGCCACCGAACAAUCAUGCACCAAAUGGCCUGUCUGAGUGCCAUUGUUUCGACUGUUCCCACGGAGUCUAGCUCAAGACCGUACGCCACUAAGGGAGAGACCAUCAUCAGUUAUCUUGACCCACGUCAAGGGAUUGGUAUGAUUCUAGGUGUGCUCUUGACUGUUUAUGGCGGACACACGACCGUGUGGCAUGAAGAUCGUGCCGUAGAGACGCCUGGUCUCUACGCUCACCUCAUCACGAAAUACAGAGCAACCAUUAUGGCAGCGGACUAUUCGGGAUUGAAGAUCGCUGCGUACAACUAUCAGCAGGAUCCAAUGUCGACUAGGCAUUUCAAGAAGAAUUCAGAGCCAAACUUUGGUUCCGUCAAACUUUGUCUGAUCGACACAAUCACUGUUGAUUCUGAAUUCCACGAAAUUCUUUCGGACAGGUGGUUGCGACCCAUGAGAAACCCUCGGGCGAGAGAAAUUGUAUGCCCGAUGCUCUGUCUCCCCGAGCAUGGGGGUAUGGUCAUCAGUGUACGCGAUUGGCUUGGCGGAGAAGAGCGGAUGGGAUGUGAAUUGACUCACGAGUUGGACCCAGCGGGUCGUGACAAGACAGACGAAGAUGACAAGCUGGGAAAGUCAGACACGAAUACUGGCUUCGGUAGCAGUCUCUUGGGCGGUGGCUCGCGCGUUUCGGCGCCCAAGGAGAGUACGAAAAAUGACCUGGGCGAGGUGCUUCUCGACAAAGAAGCCUUGAAAAGCAAUGAAAUCGUGGUCGUAGCAAUGGGCGAAGACGCUCGUCGUUACGCCAGCAGCAUGCCCAAUACUGUACGCGUUGGCGCUUUUGGAUAUCCCAUUCCCGACGCUACACUUGCUAUUGUUGAUCCCGAGACAAACUUGCUCUGCACGUCCAACGUUGUUGGUGAGAUCUGGGUUGAUUCGCCUUCGCUGUCAGGAGGAUUUUGGGCUUUGCCUAAGCACACCGAAACCAUCUUUCAUGCUCGGCCAUACAAAUUUGAAGAUUCAAAUCCAACCCCUGUCCUAGUCGAACCCGAGUUUCUACGCACUGGUCUCCUGGGCUGCGUCAUUGAGGGCAAGAUCUUUGUUUUGGGGCUAUAUGAAGAUCGGCUACGUCAGAGGGUGGAAUGGGUCGAGCACGGUCAAGAAAUCGCUGAACAUCGUUACUUCUUUGUGCAACAUUUGGUCGUCAGCCUCCUCAAGAAGGUCCCCAAGAUUCACGACUGUACAGCCUUCGACGUCUUCGUGAAUGAGGAGCAUUUGCCUGUCAUCGUCGUCGAGUCCUAUGCCGCUUCUACAGCACCGACGGCCUCUGGAGGCCCGCCACGCCAGCUCGAUUCAGUCCUUCUUGACUCACUCGCCGAGCGCUGUAUGGAGGUUCUUUAUCAGGAACAUCAUCUUCGUGUCUACUGUGUCCUUUUGACCGCGCCCAACACACUCCCACGCGUCACUAAAAACGGCAGACGGGAAAUUGGAAACAUGCUAUGUCGCAAAGACUUUGAGGCAGGGAUGUUGCAGGCUGUCCAUGUCAAGUUUGGUGUUGAGCGAUCCGUCAUGAACUUGCCUGUCGGCGUCGAUCCGGAAGGGGGCAUCUGGUCCCCUCUUGCCCUUGCGUCUCGGCAAGAAGUGUUGGCUUUUCAAGAGAAACAAUACUCUGGUGUGGACUACCGAGAUGUCGUGAUGGACGAUCGAACAUCUACGCCUUUGAGUCAAUUCAAUACAAUUGUUGAUCUUUUUCAGUGGCGUGUCUCCCGCCAGGCUGAAGAGCUCGCUUAUUGCUCCAUCGACAGCCGUGGCAAAGAGGGUAAGGGCAUUACGUGGAAGAAGUUUGAUCUAAAGGUCUCCGCGGUUGCAACUUAUCUCAAAAACAAGGUCAAGGUACGGUCCGGUGACCAUUUGAUUUUGAUGUACACGCACUCGGAAGACUACAUUUACGCCGUCCAUGCCUGUCUUUGCCUGGGCGUGGUUAUGAUCCCAAUUGCCCCGAUUGAUCAAAAUCGACUUUCAGAGGAUGCUCCUGCAUUCUUGCAUGUCAUCAAUGACUUCAAUGUGAAAGCUAUUAUCGUCAACACCGAUGUCGACCAUGUAAUGCGGCAGAAGCUUGUCUCCCAGCAUAUUAAACAGUCUGCUCAGGUCCUCCGCAUCGGUGUUCCAGCCAUUUACAACACUUCCAAGCCCUCCAAGCAAUCGCACGGCUGCCGAGAACUCGGGUACACGAUGAAGGAUGCUUGGUUGCAGGGUAAUCAGGCUGCACUCGUGUGGACGUACUGGACUCCAGAUCAAAGGCGAAUUUCGGUGCAAAUUGGCCACGACACUAUCAUGGGCAUGUGCAAGGUGCAGAAAGAGACAUGCCAAAUGACGAGCUCGCGGCCAGUGCUCGGAAGUGUUCGUAGCACUUUGGGCCUCGGAUUUCUCCACACGUGCUUGAUGGGCAUCUAUGUUGGUGCGCCGACCUACCUUGUCUCACCCGUCGACUUUGCGCAAAAUCCAAUGACUUUGUUCGUGACGCUUUCACGAUAUAAGAUCAAGGACACGUACGCUACGAGUCAGAUGCUGGAUUAUGCAAUGAGUACAAUGGCCGGUAAGGGUUUCCAGCUGCAGGAACUCAAAAACCUGAUGAUUUCAGCGGAGGGAAGACCUAGGGUAGACCUCUACCAAAAGACCCGACUUCAUUUUGCACCUGCAGGCCUGGAUCGCACUGCAAUUAACGUUGUCUACUCUCACGUCCUCAACCCAAUGAUAGUGACUAGGUCAUACAUGUGUAUUGAUCCAGUUGAGUUGUCUUUGGAUCUCCGCAGUCUCCGUCGCGGUUUGAUCUACCCUGUGGACCCAGAUGCGGACCCGACAGCACUCUUGGUUCAAGAUUCUGGUAUGGUCCCCGUCAACACGCAAAUUGCCAUUGUCAACCCGGAGACAUGCACCCUGGCCCACGUGGGCGAGUAUGGUGAAAUUUGGGUUCAAUCAGACGCUUGCGCCAAGGGCUUUUACAGAUCCACCCAAGAUUUUGAUGCCGAACGGAUGAAUGGUCGCGUCGCCGAUGGUGAUCCCAACGUGCCGUAUGUGCGCACGGGCGAUUUGGGAUUCUUACACACAGUUACUCGACCCAUUGGCCCGGGUGGCCAAGCCAUUGAGAUGCAGGUGCUUUUUGUCCUGGGCAGUAUCGGCGAAACAUUUGAAGAGAACGGCCUGAACCACUUCCCCAUGGACAUUGAAAACUCGGUGGAAAGGUGCCAUCGCAACAUUAUGACGGGAGGCUGUGCCAUCUUCCAAGCCGGAGGAUUGAUUGUCGUUGUGGUCGAAGUCACGCGCAAAUCAUUCCUAGCUUCUCUUGUCCCCGUCAUUGUUGAUACAAUCUUGGGCGAACACCAGGUCGUCGCGGAUAUCGUUGCCUUUGUCUCCCACGGAGAUUUUCCUCGCUCCCGACUGGGUGAGAAGCAGCGCGGCAAGGUUCUGGCAUCCUGGGUGACACGGAAAUUGCGGACGAUCGCACAGUUCAGCAUCCGUGACCUGGAUGAAAAUCAUCCUUUCAAUCUAAUGCAGCACCGCGCCAGCCGAGGCUCCAAGCCUGGAAGCACUAUGGGCCAAAGCCACCGACAGUCUAGUAUUGUGCCAGAAUCCGACAUGCCCGUCGUGCCGCGGUCCCCCGUCACGGCUGUUCCGGAGGAUAGACCUAUCACGCUUCAAGAGACUUAUCAGGAAAUGCCUCCAGGGAAUUUGCCAGAACUCGAUGCCGAUCCUGACCAGAUCACCCACUCGGCGCCAGAGCCCGCUUCAUCAUCUGGUCUACCUCAUAUUCAGGAGCCAGGAGCAGGAGUUCCCGAGCAUGAGCAAGAUGAUGACUUCCACAAUCGAUUCGAUGAUCGUAGUUUUGAAAUGGUGAGACCUGCCUAUGGGGCUGGGCCCUCCCGCAAUCUACGCUUCAGCUUUGACCAGGCCAAUCCCCCGGUCGAGCAGAUGCCGUAUGAGUCCAUUCCAUCCGAGGGUGGAUAUCAUGCGACAGGGCAAGAAUCUUUUCCUGGCUCGCAGCCCGGUUAUCACGGACACGAAGCUGGAAUGGCAGUCACGGGAGACCGACAGCCAGCACAUUCUGGGACUCAAGAGGAAAGUGGCCUCGCGGACGAUUGGGCCCAUGAUGCUCUGAUGUACCAGAACGCCCUGGGCGAAGACAGCGGUCAGCCCAGAUUCCCCGACGCUAGCUACCGGUCUUGA